CAUGGCAGAGAACGACGUUGACAACGAGCUGUUGGACUAUGAAGAGGAUGAGGAGCCACAGGUUGCCCCAGAGACUGCCACACCAGCGGGCAAGAAGGAGGUAAAGGGUUCUUACGUUUCCAUCCACAGCUCCGGCUUCCGAGACUUCCUGCUCAAACCAGAGCUGCUCCGCGCCAUUGUCGACUGUGGCUUUGAACAUCCCUCUGAAGGUGAGUCUCACAGGCACUGCCCACCUUCAACCAAGGACCGUCUCUGACUUAGUUUGUUCUAUGUGUGUCUCAAAUGGCACCCUAUUCCCAAUUUUAGUGUAAUACUUUUGACCAGGGCCCAUGGGGCUUUGGUCAAAAGUAGUGCGCUAUAUAUGGGCCCUGGUCGAAAGUAAUCCACUAUAUAGGGUGUCAUUUGGGACUCGGACUAUGAGAUAUACAUGUAUGCCCCUUCAAGCAUCACAUCAUACUUCUGACUUGUGUUUCUGUCUUUCAGUCCAACACGAGUGCAUCCCACAGGCCAUCCUGGGCAUGGACAUCCUGUGCCAGGCCAAGUCUGGUAUGGGCAAGACAGCUGUGUUUGUACUGGCCACCCUGCAGCAGAUUGAGCCCGUGGACGGGCAGGUGAGUGGUUGAAAAAUGAAAUUCAACUCUACAUUGUGGAAGCAGCCAUUUCAAUGGAGAAUCCAUUGAGUGCUUUUUAGUUGAGGAAUAGGCUUAAUCUGUAUCUGGGAAACCACCCCUUAGAGACUAGGGGCGUGGAGGGAGACUUGCAUAAAGUGUUUACUUCUAAUCGCUAACACUAUUGCAGUCUGAAUUUGUUCUCCUUUUAAUCCCACUGUUUACACAGCGCUUUUCUAUUGGAUAAUCUUGUGUGUGUGCCUUUUUGUUUCUCUGAUGUCCAGAGAGCUCUGUAUUAAACAUCCUCCCCUACCUCUCUCUCUCUGUCUACCAGGUGUCUGUGCUGGUGAUGUGCCACACACGAGAGCUGGCCUUCCAGAUCAGCAAAGAGUACGAGCGCUUUUCCAAGUACAUGCCCACCGUCAAGGCGGCCGUGUUCUUCGGGGGCCUGUCCAUCAAGAAGGACGAGGACGUGCUGAAGAAGAACUGCCCCCACAUCGUGGUCGGAACGCCCGGCCGCAUCCUGGCCCUCAUCCGCAACAAGACUCUCAACCUGAAGAACGUCAAGCACUUUGUCCUGGACGAGUGUGACAAGAUGCUGGAGCAGCUUGGUGAGUAGGACAGUGGGGAUGGUGCCAGAUGUGUGAGAAUGUGAGUGACGGGAGCAAGGAGUACGUUGAAACGUCAAAGAUGAACGGUCAAUUGAAAACAUAUGUUUCAAUGUACACUACCAGUCAAAAGUUUGGACACCUAUUCAUUCCAGGGUUUUUCUUUAUUUUUUACUAGUUUCUACAUUGUAGAAUAAUAGUGAAGACAUCAAAACUAUGAAAUAACACAUAUGGAAUCAUGUAGUAACCCAAAAAGUGUUAAACAAAUCAAAAUAUAUUUUAUAUUUGAGAUUCUUCAAAUAGCACCCUUCACAGAGUUCAAAUAACAGACACAUCUCAACAUCAACUGUUCAGAGGAGACUGUGUGAAUCAGGCCUUCAUGGUCGAAUUUGCUGGAAAGAAACCACUACUAAGAAGAGACCUGCUUGGGCCAAGAAACAUGAACAAUGGACAUUAGACCGGUGGAAAUGUGUCCUUUGGUCUGGAGUCCAAAUUGUAUAUUUUUGGUUCCAACUGCCGUGUCUUUGUGAGACACGGUGUGCGUGAACAGAUGAUCUCCAUGUGUAGUUCCCAUUGUAAAGCAUGGAGGAUGUGUUAUGGUGUGGGGGUGCUUUGCUGGUGACACUGUCUGUGAUUUAUUUAGAAUUCAGGGCACACUUAACCAGCAUGGCUACCACAGCAUUCUGCAGCGAUACGCCAUCCCAUCUGUUUUGGGCUUAGUGGGACUAUAAUUUGUUUUUCAACAGGACAAUGACCCAACACACCUCCAGGCUGUGUAAGGGCUAUUUUACCAAGAAGGAGAGUGAUGGUGCUGCAUCAGAUGACCAGGCCUCCACAAUCCCAAUUGAGAGAAUGCCAAUAGUGUGCAAAGCUGUCAAGGCAAAGGGUGGCUAUUUGAAGAAUCUCAAAUAUAAAAUAUGUUUUGAUUUGUUUAACACUUUUGUUGCUUACAACAUGAUUCCAUAUGUGUUAUUUCAUAGUUUUGAUGUCUUCACUAUUAUUCUACAAUGUAGAAAAUAGUAAAAAGAACAACCCUUGAAUGAGUAGGUGUCAACUUUUGACUGGUACUGUACAUACCACUUAGAAUGCACAUCUAAUUCACUGUUUCAUACUAAGUAGUGGUGGAUCUUGGAACAGAUUGUGAUAGAUGGUGUGAAUUAAGUAAGGAUUUAGCCAAAACGUAGACUGUCAAUAGUGUAUUUAAACCUUUUUUUGUUGUAUGUAGUACUCAGAUUUCAGGCUGAGGGUGUUGACUUUUUUGUGACUGACAUUCUUUUCCUAUCGUCUCUCCCUCAGACAUGAGGCGUGAUGUUCAGGACAUCUUCAGGCUCACACCCCACGAGAAGCAGUGCAUGAUGUUCAGCGCCACCCUAAGCAAAGAGAUCCGCCCUGUCUGCCGCAAGUUCAUGCAGGAUGUAAGUUGGAAGGGGUUUCAAUAACCACAAGUGAUGUACAUGUUCUGAAACUUAAAGUAGCAGUUUUACACACACACAGAUUAACCAGUCUCCCUAAAUUGCACUUUUAAAGCGGCAAUCAGCAGUAGAAAGAAUAAUGAAGCGUUUUCCUCGCCCCUGUUUUCAGUAAAAAGCUGAGGGAUAGGUCUGGAGAAAUGUAACCACUCUCAAAUUCAUAGAGCUACGGAUGCAAGGACUGACCAUACAUGAUAUCAGAAUUAUCGUUUUGAGGCUAUAUAUAUAUAUACACACACACACAGAGAGAGAGCUCUGGAAAAUUAUCAUUUUCUCUGGUUUUACUAUUUAUAGGUACAGUGAGGGGGGGAAAAAAGUAUUUGAUCCCCUGCUGAUUUUGUACGUUUGCCCACUGACAAAGACAUGAUCAGUCUAUAAUUUUAAUGGUAGGUUUAUUUGAACAGUGAGAGACAGAAUAACAACAAAAACAUCCAGAAAAACGCAUGUCAAAAAUGUUAAAUUGAUUUGCAUUUUAAUGAGGGAAAUAAGUAUUUGACCGCUCUGCAAAACAUGACUUAGUACUUGGUGGCAAAACCCUUGUUGGCAAUCACAGAGGUCAGAUGUUUCUUGUGUGCAAACCUGGUGGCCAAGUCAUUAAGGUUUCAAGGCUGACGUUUGGCAACUCAAACCUUCAGCUCCCUCCACAGAUUUUCUAUGGGAUUAUGGUCUGGAGACUGGCUAGGCCACUCCAGGACCUUAAUGUGCUUCUUCUUGAGCCACUCCUUUGUUGCCUUGGCCGUGUGUUUUGGGUCAUUGUCAUGCUGGAAUACCCAUCCACGACCCAUUUUCAAUGCCCUGGCUGAGGGAAGGAGGUUCUCACCCAAGACUUGACAGUACAUGGCCCUGUCCAUCGUCCCUUUGACGCAGUGAAGUUGUCCUGUCCCCUUAGCAGAAAAACACCCCCAAAGCAUAAUGUUUCCACCUCCAUGUUUGACGGUGGGGAUGGUGUUCUUGGGGUCAUAGGCAGCAUUCCUCCUCCUCCAAACACGGCAAGUUGAGUUGAAGCCAAAGAGCUCGAUUUUGGUCUCAUCUGACCACAACACUUUCACCCAGUUCUCCUCUGAAUCAUUCAGAUGUUCAUUGGCAAACUUCAGACGGCCCUGUAUAUGUGCUUUCUUGAGCUGGGGGACCUUGCGGGCGCUGCAGGAUUUCAGUCCUUCACGGCGUAGUGUGUUACCAAUUGUUUUCUUGGUGACUAUGGUCCCAGCUGCCUUGAGAUCAUUGACAAGAUCCUCCCGUGUAGUUCUGGGCUGAUUCCUCACCAUUCUCAUGAUCAUUGCAACUCCACGAGGUGAGAUCUUGCAUGGAGCCCCUUGCCGAGGGAGAUUGACAGUUCUUUUGUGUUUCUUCCAUUUGCGAAUAAUCGCACCAACUGUUGUCACCUUCUCACCAAGCUGCUUGGCGAUGGUCUACAAUCUUGUCCCUGACAUCCUUGGAGAGCUCUUUGAUCUUGGCCAUGGUGGAGAGUUUGGAAUCUGAUUGAUUGCAUCUGUGGACAGGUGUCUUUUAUACAGGUAACAAACUGAGAUUAGGAGCACUCCCUUUAAUCUCAGCUCGUUAACCUGUAUAAAAGACACCUGGGAGCCAGAAAUCUUUCUGAUUGAGAGGGGGUCAAUACUUAUUUCCCUCAUUAAAAUGCAAAUCAAUUUAACAUUUUUGACAUGCGUUUUUCUGGAUUUUGUUGUUGUUAUUCUGUCUCACUGUUCAAAUAAACCUACCAUUAAAAUUAUAGACUGAUCAUUUCUUUGUCAGUGGGCAAACGUACAAAAUCAGCAGGGGAGCAAAUACUUUUUUUCCCUCACUGUAUGUGUUUGGGUAAAAAUAACAUUUUUGUUUUAUUCUAUAAACUACUGACAACAUUUCUCCCACAUUCCAAAUAAAAAUAUUGUUAUUUAGAGCAUUCAUUUGCAGAAAAUGACAACUGGUCAAAAUAACAAAAAAGAUGCAGUGUUGUCAGACCUCGAAUAAUGCAAAGAAAAUAAGUUCAUGUUCAUUUUUAAACAACACGAUACUAAUGUUUUAAUUUAGGAAGAGUUCAGAAAUCAAUAUUUGGUGGAAUAACCCUGAUUUUCAAUCACAGCUUUCAUGCGUCUUGGCAUGCUCUCCACCAGUCUUUCACAUUGAUGUUGGGUGACUUUAUGCCACUCCUGGCGCAAAAAUUCAAGCAGCUCGGCUUUGUUUGAUGGCUUGUGACCAUCCAUCUUCCUCUUGAUCACAUUCCAAAAGUUUUCAAUGGGGUUCAGGUCUGGAGAUUGGGCUGGCCAUGACGGGGUCUUGAUCUGGUGGUCCUCCAUCCACACAUUGAUUGACCUGGCUGUGUAGCAUGGCACAUUGUCCUGCUGGAAAAAACCAAUCCUCAAAGUUGGGGAGCAAUGUCAGAGCAAAAGGAAGCACAUUUUCUUCCAGGACAACCUUGUACGUGGCUUGAUUCAUGCGUUCUUCACAAAGACAGAUCUGCCCGAUUCCAGCCUUGCUGAAGCACCCCCAGAUCAUCACUGAUCCUCCACCAAAUUUCACAGUGGGUGCGAGACACUGUGGCUUGUAGGCCUCUCCAGGUCUCCAUCUAACCAUUAGACGACCAGGUGUUGGGCAAAGCUGAAAAUUGGACUCAUCAGAGAAGAUGACCAUUCUACGGUCCAAUCCUUAUGGUCUUUUGCAAACCUCAGCCUGGCUCUUCUUUGCUUCUCAUUGAUGAAGGGCUUUUUUCUAGCUUUGCACGACUUCAGCCCUGCUCCUAGGAGCCUGUUUCAAACCGUCCUCGCCGUGCACUUCACCCCAGCUGCCGUUUGCCAUUCUUUUUGUAGGUCACUUGAUGUCAUCCUACGGUUGUUGAGUGACAUUCAAAUGAGUUGGCGGUCAUCCCGGUCAGUAGAGUCGUUUUCGCCCUCUGCCGGUUUGUUGUCCCCAAUGUCUGCUGCUUGAACUUGUUCUUAUGAACCGCUGUCAUUGACAUUAAGGAUGGAAGCAACCUGACGCUCACUGUAUCCCUCUGCCAGUAAAGCCAGAAUUGAACCUUUCUUUUCCUCACUCAACUUUCCUUUUCAACUCUUUUGGCAUGGUCAAUAGUUAUUUUUUUAUUAAUAUUACUUUUGGAGGUACUAUUAGCACUGUUUUUGCCAUCCAGCUGGUCCUAUUGCAAGAGGAUAGUGAUGACCACAGCAGUGGUUUUUAUACUUUUCCUCAUUAAAUAAGAUUUGGUUCAGGUGAUCACCUAAUCAGUACCUAAUUCAGUAGAAUGAGGUGUGCCUGUGUUGGAAUUCAACAGACACUGGAAUGGAAUGGCUGUCAUACAUGUAGAGAUGCUGAUUUAAGAAAUAUUUGCAGUGGUCUCUUCAUUUUUUUCAGAGUGAUAUGUGUAUAUAUAUAUAUUUACGUUUGCUUUGUUUACAAACAUUGGAGUGAAACAAGCUUAUAUUUUGGCUUCUGAUGGGUUAUGACAGUUGAACUAAGCUCAUGAGGCAUUUGGAUGUGGAAACUGCUGAGGGGUAGUUAAGUGAUUUUGGAUAUGGUUUAAUAUCCAUGUAAAAAGUUCCAGUCAAGCCCCUCUAUGCUUUGCCUGCUCGUGACUGUCUGUGUCACAAGUGGCCAUAUCAGGGGGGCAGAGUGACCAUCUCUUAAAACCGGGGUCUGGGGCUCUACCCCUGCCUCUGGACAUUUUCAGGAGGAACUGUCCUUGCAUUAAAGCUAUAACAGAACUCUUCUAUAACGAAAAUAAAGUUCCAUCCAGACUCUAGUACUAGUAAUUGACGUUCACAAAAUCACAUUUGUAGUUCUUCAUUCACCAACACAGAAUGUGGUUUACUCCUGUAUUCACUUAAUGUAGCUAGGUUUAUAGAACUGGAACACAGAGUGACGAUUUCCCGAUGUUGUAUUCAUUAGGGCACACUUUUGCAAUGAAAGUCCAGGUAGUCCCUCCCUGUUUUCUGUUAUGUUUGGUGCUUAAUGAAUAUCUCCUUCCUCCUGUAGCCCAUGGAGGUGUUUGUGGACGAUGAGACCAAGCUGACGCUGCACGGCCUGCAGCAGUACUACUGCAAGCUGAAGGAUAGCGAGAAGAACCGCAAGCUCUUCGACCUGCUCGACGUGCUCGAGUUCAACCAGGUAUGGACAAAAUUGAUAUUUUUAGAGGUUUUAAUGCUAAAACUUCAUUUUUUUUGUUUGUUUUAAUCUGAGUGAGUUGAAUGUGUUUCAUCCAUGGAUUUGAAAGUCACGUUAAAUACAAUUGUACUCAUUCAAGUUAACUAAGUCUAUGAGCCGACAUGGUUUCUGCCUGUGUUAGUUUUAUGCCCCGUGUUUUUCGUCUUCCGUGUACAUCUAUUUGACCAGGGUAAAGCCAGGGUGCCAUAUCAGAUGCAGCAUGGGUUUUGUGGCCCGUGUUUGUCUUCAUUGUCUUACUGCCGUUCUCUUCCCCCUGUAUGUAGGUGGUGAUCUUUGUGAAGUCAGUGCAGCGCUGUGUGGCUCUGUCUCAGCUGCUGGUGGAGCAGAACUUCCCUGCCAUCGCCAUCCACAGGGGCAUGGCCCAGGAGGAGAGGUGGGUUCUGACGGAGGGGAAUGCACCUGUUGAAAUCUGAGAGGCUUUGAUUGGUAUAAGCAAUAUUGUGAAACGUCCCCCUAGCCUAUCAAAUAUUACGAUACUGCGUACACUUCAAAUCCUCUCACUUUAGUGGUCGAUUUGGGAUUGGGCCUCUGCUUUCAUUGGGAAAUUCUGAUUUGGGCAAAAUACUGUCCUCUCUCAUCCGUAAACCGAUAAGCGGUCGAGGAGAGUGUCAAUUAGUAGGCAAACAGAGGCGUGAGGAAGCACAAGUGUCCUUCGGAAGAGUUUUGAGAUUUGCCACUCCCCCUUUGAAUCAGCUGUUUACUCGACGGAGAAAAGCAUGCACAUAUUUUAAAACGAUAUGCUACUUAUUGUUUUAUGUAUAAAAUGUCUAGCACAACUAACUAAAUGUCUUACUACUUUAUACGUUUAAUUUGGGAUUCCACCCAGGGCCUAAAAUUAACACUUGGCAUUGGCGGGUAAGAUGUCUUUCACCAGCCUCGUUGGCGGGUGGUCAGGGCUCCACAGUGUGAGCAUUUCACUCGCGUUUGUGAAUUAAAAAUAGUCAAGUAUGAUCACAUUUAUAGUAAAAUAAAUGCUGCAGUAGCUGUUUUCAAAGUAUUUCUGCCAUUUUGUUUCAUAGCUGGUAAAUUAAGUCAAAGAACUACGAAUUCUAUAUAGCCUAUUCCACCUCGCACUGCAACACGGCCUGGCUGGUCUAAUUUACUUGAAACUGAAGUGAGACUCCUUGGGUUUCUUGGCUAUUUACAUUGUUUUGUUCACAAGCUAGGUUGUUUUUCUAUGUUUGAGUUUCAACUGCUAGGGAACAGACAGACAACUCUUCUAUUGCUAGUCAGACUCAAUCUCACAGGCACAAACAUGAUUUGAGUCGUGUAUCCACGGUAACCUCCAGCCCUUAAAGGGGCAGGUGAACAUGUUGUCUCGUCAGUGGUAUUUUGGUUAAAAGACUCGGGUCACAAAAAAUGAAAUUAAACAAUAUACCACAUUACUUCUUACUAGUAAUACAUUUAUUGUUUUAGAAACAUUACAAAGCAUGCUCAUCCAUUAUUUUGUUGGUGUCAUUUUAGCGGGGGGGGUGGCUGGUAGAUUUUUAAAUCUACCUGCAACAGUGGCUGGUGAACCAAAAAGUUAAUUUUAUGCCAUUCCACCCCUGUAAACAUUUUUUGCAUGAUGACACGCGAAUGAUGGAGUCUCAUUUUAUACAAGCGCAUUUGUUUCCACAUUUCCUCCCCUCAGUUACCUUUUACCUUUUUUCAAAAGGAGGCAAGAGGACUGAGAUGUGCAAUCAAAUUGAUAAUCUUCCAUUUACGUGCACGUUUUCUGUAAUAGCAGAAGCUGUUAUCCGGAGGGACUGAACAAUAACUUUCACUCAGACAUGUUUGUGUACCCACAGGAGUGAAGCAGGAAGCAUUAUGCCUGUUCUACUCAUUUCUAAAUCUAUGAAUGCCCCCCUUCCUCACCCAGGCUUUCCCGGUACCAGCAGUUCAAGGACUUCCAGAGGCGGAUCCUGGUGGCCACCAACCUGUUUGGCCGAGGGAUGGACAUUGAGCGCGUCAACAUUGUCUUCAACUACGACAUGCCCGAGGAUUCCGACACCUACCUGCACAGAGUGGCACGUGCCGGCAGGUUCGGGACGAAAGGUCUGGCCGUGACCUUUGUGUCUGACGAGACCGACGCCAAGACCCUGAACGAUGUGCAGGACCGCUUCGAGGUCAACGUGGCAGAGCUCCCAGAAGAGAUUGACAUCUCCACC